CCGACCAUGGGACUAGUGAAAGCCGCAGCUGCUGUUACGCCCGUCCUUCCAAGUGAAGAACACAACUAUUCGGACACCGGUAGUGAAACAGACGAGUCAGACUGGUCAGGUAUCCUUACAUAUCAAAUAUUGGGCGUGAUUUUUCUAACGGCGAUGGCGUUAGUUCUUCUAGCCGCUGUGAGUUACCAAUGCGCAGCGACAUGGAAGUGGAUCAGAGACAAGACCUGCGGCGACCCUUCGGAAGGCGAAUCCUCGGUAACCAAGCAACAGGCAGCCAUAAGAAUCAGCCACUCGCUGCCCGACCUCCAAACAGAGCCAUUGACACAGGAAUAUGUCCAGGAACACAAGGACGUCGUCGCCAAGAAGGUGCUGCGCCAAACAACGCUUCCCAUCGUUCCAACAAGACAUCAGACUUUCCAGAGACAGCUCUCGCACAGACUGGAGAUGCCGUCGAACGUGCAAUUCAGCAUUUGUACUCUGGAGCACCGCAGCGAUUCGAGCAUCGUGGGGUUGAUUAAGCCAGAACUGUAUAAGAAAGAUUUAGUGAGACAAUCAUCGGCUGACAGCUCCGGGGGUCCUGAGAUGGAAUAUUGCGGAAAAUUACAUUUCUCUCUACGAUACGACAAGGACGUGGAAGGGCUGGUUGUAAAGGUGUUCGAGGGACGCGACCUGCCCAUCAAGGACUCUACGGGAAGCAGCGAUCCAUACAUAAAACUGUACCUUCUCCCGGACCGAAAAAAGAAGUUCCAGACAAAAGUUCAUCGGAAAAACCUCAACCCGGUCUUCAACGAGACGUUCAUAUUUAGCGUACCUUACGAAGAACUUCGACAAAGAUACCUUCAGUUUUCGGUGUACGAUUUCGACAGAUUCUCCCGGCACGAUCUUAUCGGUCACGUAGUCUUAAAAGGUCUUCUAGACACAACGGACCUCCAGCAAGAGAUAGAGUAUACCAUGAAUAUCUUAUGCCCUCCACAGGAAAAAGUCGAUUUAGGAGAGCUGAUGUUAUCGCUGUGUUACUUGCCGACAGCCGGACGUUUGACCAUCACCAUAAUUAAAGGGAGGAGUCUCAAAGCCAUGGAUAUUACGGGAAAAUCAGAUCCUUACGUUAAAGUGUAUUUGCUGUGCCAAGGGAAGCGGAUAAAGAAGAAAAAGACUUCAGUCAAGAAAAAUACUCUGUCGCCAGUUUAUAACGAGGCUUUAGUGUUUGAUGUCCCGGCCGAGAACAUCGAGGAAGUUUCUCUUAUAGUCAAAGUGAUAGACUAUGACAGGAUUGGUUCCAACGAGCUAAUGGGUUGCACAGCAAUAGGUUCGAGUUUUAUCGGGAUUGGUAAAGAUCAUUGGCUGGAAAUGCUCGACAAUCCCAGAAGACCCGUAGCGCAGUGGUAUCCACUUUUAGAGUCAAUACCGGGCCACAUUCCCGCCGCUUCUAACGAUUCAACCACCAUCAGUCUGAGCUGCCUCAACAGCAGGUGAACUUCCUCGUAAUGCGAAAUUAAGAGAAACAGUCAAACCAUUGGUGCUGCGAUGAUCAUGAAAGGGAAAGCAAGUCAAUCCCGUAGGUUGUCAGUAUUCAGUGUCUAUUUGAAGACUUUCCAAAAAAAAAACAAUUCGCUAUAAUGUGUGUGAACAAUAAGCAACAAUGUUGUAUUGUAGGUUAUUUUCGGUUUUAUUGUAUGAUUGACAAUACCGAUGCAUAUCAGCUCUUCAUUGUACCGAGAGAUGAGUUGUAGCAUACCAUUCCUGGUUUUACCGAAUCUUUUGUGUUUAAUUAGAGAGAUGUAUUUACAUUGGAUAAUUAAUGCAAAUGUUUCGGCCUACCGGAGAAAAAAUUUGCAGUUUCCGACAAGUCCAGCCAAAUACAUCUUCUAAAAGUUGGCAAGUAUGUGCUCAACACUCAAUGUUAUGUUAUAUUCAAGUAUACUUGUAGAUUAAUUAUGGAUCUACGUGUCUGAAUAUCAAUUAUGCAUGUUUGUUAUCAGCUUGUUAAAAUAAGAGAAAUUAUUUUAAAUAUAUAUACUGU